AGUUCAUUUUUUCGUUUGUAACAUAUCGGUCGGGAAUAUAGUUCAUCAAACCGGAAUAUAAAAUAAUACGUGAAAUAUGUACUUGUGGCUGCUUGGGAUUUUUAUCUUUCCAUACGUCUCCUGUAUCGACACUGAUGGCAUAUACACGGUUAUAGUACCGGACACUAUUAGACCUCAUAUGACCUUCAACGUGGCUGUUGCCCUACACAGUGCCAGGGGAAGCUGCUCCGUCAUUGCUACUCUAAGCGGCCCCUUGUAUCAAAAGACAGAGGAGGUACAAAUUCAGCCCAUGACCACAAGGACCAUUCCUUUCAAAGUGGAGCAGCUUCCUGAAGGUGAUUAUCAGCUCACCGUAGAGGGGUCGGGUAGUGUCGAGUUCAAAAAAGUUGCCAAGCUGAAAGCUGUCGUCGAAAAGCCAUCGAUCUAUGUCCAGACAGAUAAGGCCACUUACAAGCCAAAAGAUCUUGUUCAGUUUCGCGUACUCUUCCUAGAUAGAAAUACGAAACCAGCCACAAUUCAAAAACCCAUUUCUAUUUUGGUCACCGAUGGAGCUCAGAACCGUAUCCACGAGUGGAAUGAUAUCACACCAGUUAUGGGAGUGUUCUCGGGAAAACUCCAGCUCUCUGAUCAGCCUGUCCUGGGCACCUGGCAGUUUGUUGUCUCGGUUCAGGACGAGGCUUUGGAGAAGAAGUCCUUCCAGGUAGACAAAUACGUGCUGCCCAAGUUUGAAGUGAUCGUUGAAACUCCCAAAAACAUAUUUGCAUCUGCUGGAACUAUCACAGCCUUUAUCAUUGCAAGAUAUACUUUCGGCAAGGCGGUAAAGGGAAAGGCCACCAUCUCGAUUGAAGGAAGCACCCAGGAGCAUACCAUCGACAUCAACGGCAAAACUAGUUUAAAGAUUCCCUUCGCCGACAGUAUGAAGUCACCGAUAAAGAUUGUGGCCGUGGUCACCGAGGACCUUACUGAUCUCAAGCAGAAUGGGUCCGCUUAUGUAACCCUUCACCCGUACCAAUAUCGACUGGAGCCCUACCAAUGGCCAACCAAGUUUAAGCCUGGGGAAAAUUUCAACUUUACGGUUUUGGUAAAAAAUGUGGAUGAUUCGCCAGCCAUUGAUUUGAAAAAUAAAAUCAAGUACACCAUAUCCUGCUGCAAUAUCUCACGUACUUAUGAAGAGCCGGUAAGGAACGGCAUAGCCAAUAAAAUCAUGACGAUGCCCGACAUUCAGUACCGUGCUUGCAACGUAAAUGUUACCUUAAAGAAUUCUGCAGGCCUGAAUGAAACGAUUUAUAAAAUUUAUAAGUCUUUGUGGAUUGAGAAAAAAAGUUUAGAACCACCCAAGUUGAAUGAAAAACUACACCUCAAUGUAAUAUCGAAAAGACCUAUUGCGGGCUUUUUGCUUACGAUCGUCGCAAGGGGUAAGAUCGUAUCCAAUGCCUACUUUAAAAUGUUAUCGAACCCGAGGAAUAGGACUUUAAAAAUGACUGUCGAAUUUAACCUUAUCCCGGAAGCCACUUUCUAUGUCUAUAGCUUCAAGGGCGAGGAAAUGCUAAUGGAUAUGAAGACAAUCACUUUUGAGAACGAUUUUGGCAACUCGAUUCAAAUAGCAGGCCCAAACAAUGUUCUUCCUGGAGAGAAUGUAACUUUGACUGUGAAGACCCAACCCGAAUCCUUUGUGGGACUUCUGGGGGUGGACCAAAGUGUUAUACUGCUCAGGAGCGGAAACGACCUCAGUCAUGAGGGAAUCUUUAAAGAGCUUGGUAGUCACGGAACUUGUGGCCUUAUAGUUUUAACCAACGCAAUAUUGAAAAGCGAUAUUAUUUCAGACGACUGCCAAAAUAAGGAUAUUUUCUUUAACCCCUUUAGCAUAAGUCAUCAGUUUAAAACAAGCACAGGUGACAUCAUUAUUCCUGCUCGUCCUGGAUCAACCUCUUCUGAAGUAUCAGCUCCAUUACCGCGCAAACACUUUCCGGAGACUUGGCUAUUUGAGGAUUUAACCGAGAUGCAAGGCGAUGUGGCCCACCUGGAGCGAAAAAUUCCCGAUACCAUAACCUCCUGGAUAAUAACUGGGUUCUCUUUAAACCCCAAUACCGGUAUUGCCUUGACCAAAGAUGCCACGAAAAUUCGAACAUUUAAGCCCUUUUUCGUAUCGACAAACCUGCCGUACUCCGUCAAGCGCGGUGAAAUAAUUUCCAUUCCAGUGUUAGUGUUUAACUACAUGGAUGAGCCCGCCAAUACAAGAGUAGAGAUGGACAACUCCGAUGAGGAGUACGACUUCGCCGAAGCUACCAGUUCCAACGCCCAGUCAAAUUUGAAGAGAGAAAAGAAAUUACAGAUUGCAGCCAACAGUUCCAGGAGUAUCUCGUUCAUGAUUCGUCCCAAGAACGUGGGUCUGACCAUUCUUAAGAUCUCCGCCAUUUCACAAUUGGCCGGUGACUCCAUCCAUCAGCCCCUAAAUGUUGAGGCCGAUGGCGUCACAAAGUAUAUAAACCAGCCAUUUGUGAUAAAUCUGGCUCGCAGGAGCAGGAGGAGUGCUCCAACCACGGGUUGGGAAUUCGAGAGGGAGUUGAAGGUGGAUAUACCUAAGAAUGCGGUGCCCGGCUCAGUGAUCGCCAGAGUUGGAAUGGGUGGCGAUAUCCAAGCGCCUGUCAUAGAUGGGUUAGGCAAACUGGUGCGCCUGCCUUACGGAUGCGGUGAACAGAAUAUGAUUAAUUUCGCACCCAAUAUCCUGGUACUUCGCUAUCUUGACGCAACGGUCCAAUCGGAUCCACAAUUGGCUGCAUUAGCUGGAAAAUACCUUACAACCGGCUAUCAGCGACAGCUCACAUACAAGCAUUCUAACGGCGCGUUCAGCACUUGGGGCCGCGGUGAAGGCAUCACCUGGCUGACCGCUUACGUAAUCCGUUUCCUUUAUUUGGCCAAACCAUACACCUACGUGGAUCCUAAUGUGUUAAAGACGGGCCUGGGUUUCCUUGCUUCGAGGGCAUCAGGUAGUGGUAUAUUCUUUGAGCGUGGUAGUCUCUUUAGCCCGAAGUACAUGGACUCCCUCGCCCUUAAUUCCUUUGUUCUGCUGACAUUCCUCGAGAUCAAGGAAAAUGCGGAUUACAGUUUUGUGAUUAACAAUGCCGUUACAUUUGUGGCUAAUGCGGCGGAAAAAUCGCGCAACGAAUAUAGUUUGGCAAUCGCCGCAUUAGCACUCAAAAUGAAUAAACAUGAGAAGAGUACAUCCAUUUUGGACAAGCUGGACUUCAUGGCCAAUCGACGGGACGAUUUGGUGUGGUGGUCAACAGGCGUGGAGACCACUGCCUACGUGUUGCUGGCCAUGUUGGAAAAUGGGUGGACUCACAACCCACCAGCCGUAGCAGCUUGGCUAAUUAAACAGCGAAACAGCAAUGGAGGAUUCGGUUCCUCCCAGGAUACAGUGGUGGCCGUGCAAGCCUUAACCAAGUACGCACUCGCGGCCAAAUUUGAGCGACCGAACAUGAAUAUUGAGGUUGAACUACCUUCCAAUAAAACUUAUUCCCCAGCAAUAUUUUCAAUAAAUCCUGCGAAUUCCCUUAAACUGCAGACAUACACUUUGCCCAAAAAAAUAUACAAGGGCUCAUUUCGGGCAGCUGGCCAAGGAACAGGAAUGGGCCAGCUCUCAAUCCAAUACAACGUGGCUGCGAGGGAGCCUCAUGCCAACUUCAAAAUCAUCCCAACUGUACAAAGCUCAUCUAAUCACCAGAUGGUGCUUCGCGUCUGCGGUGAAUACACCCCUGAGGAUGAGGGCAAGAGUACCAACAUGGUCCUAAUGGAGAUCCAGCUUCCUUCCGGCUUCGAGAUUGAUGGCAACGGAAUUGCCAAUAUCAGGUCCGUCGACAGGGUAAAACUCGUCGAAACCAAGAACGAGGACACCCAAGUGAUCGUGUACUUCGACAAUCUGAAGCCGCAUCAACCAAUCUGCGUGACAGUGACAGCAGCCCGAACCCACGCUGUAGCUCAGCAAAAACCUUCCUACGUCAAGUUAUCCGAUUACUAUGCACCAAACCUCAGUACCGUGGAGUACUAUGAUUUUGGAGCCUCUUUCUGCGACAUCUGUGAAGGCUCAAGCUGCGGAAAUAAAUGUUCAUUAUAAUAUUUAUAAGGGCUAUCACUACAAUUAAAUGCUUAUACCCAAUCAAACCAAUUACAACUAAAAUACACAACGCAAUGAAC